GGGGGUCACAUGAUACGGUAACCCAGACAGCGCGGGUCGCAUGCGCACAGUCGGCCGCGACGCCCUCUUCCCGUCUUCACUCGCGCAUCUCUUUCUCUCUCGUUGCUCAACGCCAUUCCCACCGUGAUGCACGCCCUCUCAUGACCGCCAAAAACCACACGAUCGACCUUCCUGAGAUUCCAUCCCUCCAGGUGCCAGAACCUUCCGACUGCGCCUCCUCGUCUUCUCUUCGGCCCUCCAGCAUGGCUUCUCAGCCACUGCGCUAUUCUUCGUACGCGUCGCAGGACACCUUCCUCUCCCCACCUCCAGACUCGAACGGGGUCUCCGCUGAGGAGAACCAGCUCGCCACGACCUCACAUUCAUUGUCUCCCAACUCCACGCUGAGGAAAUCCAUCUCCGUCGACUCUUUUGUCGGCUCCAAGCCUCCUCCUCAAGCCUCACGCGCUACUCGAGGCAACACGAUGUCUUCGAACCUUGCUUAUCCCCGUGAGGCCCGUCUGCGCCUUUCACAGUCGGGUCAAGCAGGGGAUCCGAUGCCUAGCACCUCCCGCAUGCCCACAAAAGAGCGCGAAAGGCGCGGCGCUCCUCCGCCUUUCAUACCGUCACAAUCUAGAGGGACAAGUUCCGGUGCUACUACGGACGCGCGCGAUCAUUCCUACUUUCUUGAUGAGUCCGACAUGGAGCGCUCAGAAGACCUGUCCAGGCGCGCACGAAAAAGCAAGACAGCGUCCAAUCAGGCCAUACCUCCGCCGGGCGAACUGGGACUACCAUCGCGAUUGCAGACCAUGAGCUCGUUCCCUAACAUCAAUGCGAAUCACCCGCCUGCUCCGAUCAUCCCUGCAAGGAGCAGUAGCCUGAGCCACAAGAUGGCAAAACAAAAGUCGCCCAUGUCUCUUGAUACCCAUAUACCCCCGCCUCCACAAUCACCUCAGAUAUCUAUUGCUGUCAUCGGCGCCGCGGGAUGCGGCAAGUCAACUGUCAUACGGAAAGGUCUGAAGGCGUACAAGCUGUCUGAAUCUGCUACGUCCAGCUUCUCUGCUGGCCCCACGGCCACCGACGAUGAUGUCCAAAUACCUUACACCCGCUGGAAUGGGAAGAUCUCAGCCGGCCAUAAUUCUCCAGAUUACCUGCUUCGAAUACUCGAAGUCGACAUCUCGGCGUUGGAUCUGAGUCAGAGUGGCGCAAAAUAUUGGGAACGGCCUUCAUUAAAUGGGAUCAUUGUUUGUUAUGAUGCGGCACGCGAGGAGUCCUUUCAGCACGUUGCGGAUGGCCUGCGUGAAUUUGCACACCUCAAACUUCCGACCAUAGUACUUGCCUGCAAAUCAGACCUGCCGUUGCAUGUUGAUCCCAAGCGCGCCGCGAGAGUGCUACAGCAAUAUGACGUAGGUCUCAUCGAAGUUGCGACAACGAAUCCUGCAGGUAAGGACAAAAUACGGACAGCAUUUGAGUGGAUUUUCAAAGCGAUAUUUCGCGAGUUGCAGACCCCUGAAAACGCUCGCAGUGAACGCGAUGAAUACCGCAAUCCCGCCUCGCCCUCCGUUCUCGUCUCCUCACCAUCAUGGGAUGACUCACGCGCUUCAUCUGCCACGCCCACGGCUGCAUCCAUCGCCCCGACGCAAUCACAACCUACACAACCAUCAACGCAGCCUGAACCAGCCAGCCAGCCACAAACAUUGUCACAGUUUGUACUACCGCCUCCCUCACAGUCAAUUCAUUUAUCGUCGCCUACAUCUCCAUCUACCCCGCGGACAGCAACUACUCCAACUUCACCAACCCGUGCACGAUCAACGAGUGAUUUGCUUUCCGUGCAUGAGCAGUCAAGACGGCAGGAACGAGAACAACAUUCGAUCGGCAGGAAUGGUGGUUCCCCAACGGUGAGAAGCAAGGGGUCUAUGAACGCGUUACCAAGCAGUGGUGCGGGUGAGAAUGCGAAUGCACAGGAUGAACCGACGACUACUUCGGCAGAGCCUUCAUUGAAAGAGUCACGAGCUCCUUGGAUGACAUUGGAUGAGCUAUUGAACAAGCUGCUGUUUAUGGCUGUCAGCGAUGAUGACCCCGUCUUUGUUUCCCACUUCCUCCUUACCUACCGUCGGUUCGCAAGUCCGCGGAGUAUUCUUCUUGCAAUGCAAAAGCGGAUGCGUGCGCUGGAUCAGCCAUCAGGUGAUCCUAUGUUCGCUUGUUAUGCGCAGUUGAGGAUAUGUCUCCUCCUAGACAAGUGGAUAUCAACGUAUCCUAACGACUUCGCGGUUCCUGGCGCAGCGGGUGCCCUUUCAGCUUUGGUGAAGUUUGUGCUGACCAAGACAUAUCUGUUGCAUUACGGAGCCGGCCUUUUACCGUUUCUUGAUACUGUGCCGAGCUUGAAAGAUCGGGAUCAGGGUUGGGCGAUCAAGAUAGAGGAGGAGAGUGACGCGUCUUCUUCCACUUCUGAUGAAGAAGACUAUUCCGCGCCAGAGGCGGAAUUACUUCCUGCAGACAAUGCCCAGUUUCCCGUCAACACUGAAAGCAACGAUAGCGCGCCUACCUUUGUGCGACCGGUGACAGCACGAAAUCGCAAGUCCAGUCUGCCGCUAACAGCCAAGGCGCUAGUCUCUGGAUCUUCUAUCCUCUCACCGUCUAAUCAUCAAGACAGUGCGGAUCAGUCACCAAAACAGCAGCUGAAGCGAUUGGUCCAAGUUAGCGAAGAGGUGCAACGCAUUCCACACAAGGAAAUUGCGGAACACAUCACCCGAAUUGAGACUGCAUUCUUUCUCCAGAUUGAGCCUCGGCACUGGUUUCAACACGUUCUUGUCCAAGGAAGGAAGGAUCCGGACUCAGACCCGAUAGCCAAAUUCAACUAUAUUUCGAAUCACAUUGCACUUUGGGUCGUAUCGUUGAUAUUGUGUCACGAUAAGCCGAAAGCUCGCGCGAAACAGAUCGAGAAAUUUGUGCAAGUUGCAGAGGAGCUCCGCGUCAAGCACAAUUACUCGGCUUUGCGCGCUAUCAUCGCUGGCAUACAUAGUGCGACCUUCGACGGGGAUGAGGCCUUGAACAUCUUUCGGGCAAAGUCGCAGGAGCAGUGGAAACAUUUCCAAUCAUACGAUCAUCUGCUUCAGGCGGCGCGCGCGCAUCAGAAAUAUCGGAUGGCCCUGAGGAACACCAAGGGUGCAUGUAUUCCAGCACUGGAGAUUCAUCUCUCCGACCUGAUUCGUGCCCAUGAGGGCAAUCCUGACUAUUUUCAAGAUGAUUCCAGCAAGAUCCAUUGGGCAAAGUUCAACAUGAUGGCAAGAUUCAUUGACGUUAUCACGCAAUGUCAGAAUGGGUGUCGCCUCGCCCUAGGCGAGGAUCAUUUGUCGCACGAGCGGAGGAUACCACCAGAAUACCUGUUGUUGGACAAACCAGAAUUGUUGAUGGAUCUCGAUAUGCAAUUAUCUAGGAUAGCCCCGCCAGAUGCAGAAGGGCUCGAGGAUGUUUUCAGGCCUGCAAUACCACGGACUAUUUCCCGAGAGAUACAGCAUCCAUCCAAGGAUGCCGCCAUCCUACGCAAGAUUUUCUUCUGGUGAACGACACCGGCUACCCGUUUGCUCAUCACCAAUCUGUCGCUCGCUUGCACGUUUGCUUUGAUCGCGCCAUAUCUAUUGUACGUACCUACAUGGAUUUGUACCCACAAUUGUCGAUAUUGCUAUGCUGGUUGUCUAACAUCGCAUUGGCGAGUUGUUUGACACUAGCUGGCUCAAAGGCGCUGACACUUUGGCUUCGUGAGACCGGUUGAAUGCGCACUCUCUAUCCGCUAUACACGGUUCUGUUCGGGACAUGUAAACCAAAGAUGCAGCUGAUGGACAUGAACAAUGAAAGGGCGAGUCAAUCACUCUGCGAAGAAUCGACAUACAGAAACUACACAUGAUGACGAACCUCUUAUGCUAGUCCCUAAUGCAGGCAGGACC